CGCGGCGGUCCAGUUUUAGGUUUCUUGUAAAUUUAAUUUCCAUUUUAAUAUUAUAGAUCAGGGAAUCAGUAAUUUGUAUAUAAUUUUUCACAUAGUUUGUAUAUAUUGUUGUAUUUGUAUAUAUAAUUAGUGUAAUUUCGUCGUAGUUGGUAAGUUUUUUCGUAUAUAUGUAAUGGGGGAUGACGAUCCUCCCGACCCUGGAGGUGAUAACCUCCAGGUCGGAAGUAAUGUUAUUAUCGAUUCAGCAAUGGACACGGACUCUUCUGUGGGGAGCAGAAGUGAAUUGAAAAGAAAUAAGAGUCACAAAAGAUGCAAAACAUGUAAUAAAAAAAGAAGGAAAAAUAAUGGCGGGGACUAUUCGUGCGAUUGUCAGAACAUCAUACAAGAAACCCAAGCUCCUUCAAACUCUAACAUUCAGGUUACCAAAAACUCUUCGGAUAACUUAAAUACAAAAAAUGACUCUUCUAAUACCAAGGUUGGCAGGAAUUUAUUUUCAUCUUCCGAUGUUGCUCCCUUCACGGUGCACGUACAAAUGAAACAAACAGAUGCAAAAUCAUCUCUGCACCCGGUGUCCUUUGGGAAAUUUUUACUAAAAAAAGGCUUCAGAAACAUUAUAAAUGGAAGUGUUAAGCGCAUUGGUAGGACACGUAUAGCGAUGUCGUUUUCAAAUUACGUUGACGCAAACUUAUUUGUUACUGAUACGUGUCUUGAAUCAGAAAAUCUUACCGCUUACAUUCCGUCGUUUUCUGUGACCCGUAUGGGCUUGGUUCGCGGUAUUCCAGCACAGUGGUCGGAGGAGGAAAUAGUUUCCAACAUUUCCGUGCCCAUGGGGUGUGGAAAAGUAUUAAAAGUACGACGUUUGAACCACAGAGUUGUGGUUAACGGUUCUGUUACCUGGCAACCCUCAGAGACAGUUGUAUUGACAUUUGACGGUCAAGUAUUACCGAAACGAGUCUUUUCAUGCUACAACUCUCUUGCCGUUGAAUUGUACAUUUUUCCUACCAUUCAAUGCUUUUUAUGCUGUAAAUUUGGACAUACCAAAAAUAACUGUCGUUCGAAGCCUAAAUGUUUCAAGUGCGGGGAAAUGCAUCCUGGAAAUACCUGUGCAGUGGAGGAGGAGGAUGCCAUUUGCUGUUUAUGCAAUGGCUUUCACUUUGCCACAAACAGGUCAUGCCCAGAACAUGUAAUUGUAACCUGUAUGACCGUUCUAUAUUAUUAAGACAGCUGUCAGAUUUAAAAGUUCCGUUUCCCACAUCUAUUAGAACACUCCUGUAUAUUAAUAAUUCUUCUCCAUAUAUAUUUAAAUCAUUGUAUUCAUUCCUUUCACGUCAUAAUAUAAAAUUAUAAUUUAUUAUAAUAUAUUACCAUUCCCUGAUCCUUGUCCAAAUUCCGACAUAUCCGUUAUAAUGUAAUCCUUUAAUUCCGUUUCCCCGUUUUACUCGUUUGGCUGAAUGCGCCAGGAGCGCGAUGCCAUAAAAAAAAAAAAAAAAAAAAAAAAAAAACGA